AAUACAUACGGUAGACUUAGUGAGCUUGCUAAUUAUGAUGAAAAAGUCCUCUGAAUUUCAGAGAUUAACUUUGUCUAUGUUUUGUAUAAAAAAAGAUACAAUAAAUUUGUUUAGUGUAACUGGUUGUAAUUGUUAACUUUGUUUGAAGAGAUCUGGGUUUGAAUCUUGAUAUUGUUAUUUUUAUAUGAAAUAAAUAAUAAAUGCGUAAAGACAAAAAUGACCUUCCUACUUUGACUCUCAUUACAGUAAAUUUGAAAUAGAGAAAAGUACACAAAGAACCGAAUCCGAAUUUUACAUCGCCUAGCAGUUGUUGGCGGCCGGCCGGCGGCCCUUCCUCACGUGGUACGCUACCUCUGCCAUUUUCGAUACACUGCUGCUUGCUUACAGACAGAAUUGGCUCGGCGAAACACUCUGAAACAACCGCUUGCUUCUCUCGCCUGUCAGGUUAAUAUGACUACUCGCAUCUUCUCCAUCCUUUGCUGGUAGAUAUUAGGGUUUUUCAAUUGAAGAACCUUUAUCUUAGAACUAAACCCAUGUUCCUCUUUGUAUUUCCUCGUUCGCCUUCAUUCUCAAUCUCUCCCGGGAUUUACAAAAUUUCCGGUCUAAGACUUCACUCUUCAUUGGCUGACAAGCUCUACACUCACUUGCAAAACAACCCCACCAACCCGGAAAGAGCUUUGAAUUUGGUCAAGCCUAAACUUGACGCUUCAUGUAUUAAUGAAGUUUUGCAGAGGUGCUCCCAGAACGAAUCUCAGCUGGGUCUUAGAUUUUUUGUAUGGGCUGGCUGUCAGUCAAAUAAUAGACACAGUUCUUACACGUACCACAGGGUUUGUCAGUUGUUGAAGGUCAGGGAAACCCCGCAAGUUGUGUUGGAUUUAGUCGAGGCUUAUAAGGAAGAGAAAUGCGCUGUUAGUGUCAAGAUGUUUAAAGUAGUUCUUCAUUUGUGUAGAGAGGCUAAGCUAGCCAAUGAGGCUCUUUCUGUGUUGAGGAAAAUGUCUGUGUUUGAUAUUCGUCCGGACACCAAUGCGUUUAAUUUAGUUAUUAGGUUGUUUUGUGAGAAGGGUGACUUGGUUAUGGCUAACAAGUUGAUGGGGGAGAUGGGGUUGAUUGACCUCUAUCCUGACAUGAUCACUUAUGUAUCAAUGAUCAAAGGUUUUGUUGAUAUUGGUAGACUGGCAGAAGCUACUCGUUUGUUGAAGGUGAUGAAGAGAACUGGUUGUGCACCUAAUGUUGUGGUGUAUUCAACUCUUCUUGACGGGGUUUGUAAACAUGGCAGUAUUGAGCAGGCUUUAGAGUUGUUGAGUGAAAUGGAGAAAGGUGGGGAUUGUAGCCCAAAUGUGGUCACAUAUACCUCUUUGAUUCAAGGUUUGUGUGAGAAGGGUAAGACAAUGGAUGCAGUUUUCAUUUUUGAUAAAAUGGAAGACUCUGGUGUGGCUCCAAAUAGGGUGACAGUUAGCACUUUGAUCAAUGGUUUUUGUGCAGACGAUCUUUUGGAAGAGGCUUAUAAGUUGAUUGAUAGAAUUGUUGCGAGAGGUAGUGUAUCUUAUGGUGAGUGUUACAGCUCUCUUGUCGUGUGCCUAUUGAGGACAAAGAAACCUGAGGAAGCAGAGAAAGUCUUCAGGAGCCUUUUAGCUAGUGGAGCUAAACCGGAUAGUCUGGCAUCCAGUCUUAUAAUUAGGGAGCUUUGCUCCAAGAUAAGGGUGCUUGAUGGGUUUUACUUGUAUGAGGAAAUUGAAAAAAUGAGCUGUUCGGUUACCCUGGACGCUGAUAUCUACUCUAUAUUGCUGCUUGGGCUUUGUCAGCAAGGUCAUAUUGUGCAAGCUGCAAAACUUGCAAGGUCAAUGCUUGGGAAAAAUGUGCGGCCCCAAUCUACUUAUGUUGACGAAAUAGUUAAGCAUGUAAAGAAGUUUGAUGAUAAGGAACUGAUUGGACUAUUUGGCUUGUAGAUUUGGAUAAGAGCCAAGGUGAUGCUGCAUGCUUCUUCUCUAUGUUGCAACUUAUAAAUUUUGUUUUGAUUAUUAUAAGUUUGAGGUAUCCUGUUUGGAUGUUUCGAAAUGUAAGGAUUGGAAAGGCUUUAUGAAAAUUUCAACUAUGCAUGUUUGAAAUGCUAAAUCAAUUAGGGGUUUGGUGUGGUAGAUGAAUUUGAUAUUCUUGUUGUGUCGGAAGUCUGUUCUUUUGCUUGACAGCUCUGUUAUCAAGUAGCACAGAGUUGAAACCUUUUUCCUUAUGAUUUUCAACUUCACUCACAUUUGACCCUUUUUGCUGUUGUCCCUUGAUGAUGACUUAUCCGAAUACCUGUGCUUUUGACCUUAUGGUUACUGGUUUUUAUCUUAAUUUACUUCUUCUUUGUUACUUGGAUAUAUGGUAGACAUGGAACUUAUAACAUUUUCUGAAAGCUCUUUCGUACUCAAAUCAGAACUUAUAAUGUUAGUAUUUUGUAAAGGGCCAUCUGGGUUUAGGCCGUUGGUUUCAUACAUUAAUUUAUCCACUGUAUUUCUGUGUUUUCAUUAGGUGGUGAACUCACCAAAUACAGCAGCAUAAGUAAUGGAUGCUGAACGGAUACAUUGUAUUUCUGUCUUCCGAUAGCAUAUAAGCAAGCUUUAGAGGUCAGAGUAAGCCUGUUUGCUUUCCAGUAGAAGAAUGCACCACUCUGGUUCAGUAUUGUGAGUUUCUUACUGAUAUGGCUCAUCGAUUUGAGUUUUUACCAUGGAGUGUACACUUCAGCAGGACCUUUCGAAGCAUACGAAAAGGAAAUGUGACACUCUGCCUAGGAGUCAUGCUCUGGUGAGACCUCAAAACAUCGAAAACUUGCAACAACCUUUCGACUCAUUGAGGAAGUUUUCUCUGGAGAUUAUGGAACUACUUCCUCAUUCAAUUGGAUGUUGGUGGGUUUGCAUUCCUUGGCCAUGCUGAUCUAUUAUCCAGCAGUAUUAAAGAGCAGCUUGUAUUGGUUUGAUUCUUGGCAAAGUCUCACUGAUCGAUCAAUUUCUUGUUUCAUAACCCAAUGAAGAUUGGAUUGAUGUAAUCAUUGUUAAUGAAAGGUAGAAUGGGUUUUCUGAUAGAAUGCAGAUUGUGUUUGAUUCCAGAUGAGUAUCUUGCUAGACAGAAGCACUAUUGGGGGUCUUUUUUAAAAAAACAGCUAUUAUCAAAUUUGAUGUCUUACAAUUAACUGGAUGGGAACAA